AUGUCGAACGAAAUUAAGGUCUCUUCAACUGCUACUGGUCUUACCUCAUCUAGUGAAACAACAAAGUCAAGUAUUAGCUCUAUUGUUAACAAUAAUAAUAGUAGCUCAUCUUUCAAUGCUACUACCGUCACAGCUAAUAUAGACCAACCUGAUGACUCUAACAAUGAAAAACAAGCUCGUAGAAAACAAAAUCAUCAACAACAAUUAAAAAAUAAAGAUGAUGAUGUUUCUGAAUCAAUUAGUGAACAUAGAUUUCACCGCCGUGGUAAAUCUUUAGCUCAUGUUGGAGAACUUCAAAGUUUCUCUUCCUCGUUUAAUUCUAACAAUAGACCUAAUAAAAUUAGUAAAGAUGAUUCAGAAAAUAAAUCUGAAGCUUUAGAAUCUUUACAACAAAUGAUUGCUAGUAGCAUUGGAAGAAAACCUAAUAUUAAUAAACAUAAAAAAGGUGCAUCGGUAUCUUUCUUUUUUCCCUCUGCAAACGCGUCAACAUCUAUAAACUCUAUUCAAGAUCCUGAUGACGGUAGCAAUAAACCAAUGAACAUCGAGAAUGCAUUGCAAGAUACUCUUACUUCUUUGAGACGUAUGAGUCAAGAUAGAGGAAAAGCUCAAAAAGAAAGAUCAUCACUAUCAUCCACUGAUCAAGAUCCCACUUCUCCAAAAUCUCCUUUUGAUUUUAAAAGAUUGAAUGAUGAGCAUAAUCAUCAACAACAACAACAAUCCUCUGCCAAAAAUUUACAUCGUCGUCAUCAAUCUCUUGGUUUUAAUUUAUUCACUACUACUUUAGCUAACGCUAAUACCAACCCUCCUCCUAUAUUUCCUGUAAAAUCUCUGGUAGAAAGUCAUGGUCGUAGACAUAGUGUUGCUCUUAAUAAUAACAAGGAUAUUUUGAAAGAACUUGAAAAAAAUCAAACUCGAACAAUAGGCGCUGAUGGAAAAGGUCAUCCUGCCUCGCCCCUUUCUGUCUUAGCUCAACCAUUCAAUCAAUUCCAAACUCUUAAUAAAUUUGGUGGUGGCUUAAAUCAAAAAAAGCAACAAAGUCAACAAAAUUCUAACCAACAACAAAGAAAAUCUCUUUUUGCUCCUUAUCUUCCUCAGGCCUCUCUUCCCUCCCACAUCAAAGCUGGUGAACUUGUAUAUGGUGUUUUAAGAAUCAAUAAACGAAAUCGUUCUGAUGCCUAUGUGACCACGGAAACUCUUGAUACUGAUAUUUAUAUAUGUGGUUCCAAGGAUAGAAAUCGUGCUUUGGAGGGUGAUAUAGUUGCUGUGCAAUUGCUAGAUCCGGAAAAAGUAUGGCAAACUAAAAAAGAAAAGGAAGAAAAGAAGCGUAAGAAAGAAGAAAGUGCUGGUAUAGAUAAAAAAAAAGUUGAUAAAAAGAAAGAUGAUGUCGAGGUUGAAGGACAAGGUUUAUUAUUAUUCGAAGAUGAUGAAAUUAUCACAGAUGAUCAACGACCAAAAUAUUGUGGUCAUGUUGUUGCUGUCAUGGAAAGAAUGCCUGGGCAAAUGUUUUCUGGUACACUUGCACUCUUACGGCCUUCUUCUUCUGCUACAAAAGAACGCGAGGCUGCUGAAAGAGCUCGUCGUGAAGCUGAAGAUAGAGCAAAUGGUAUUGAACCAAAAUUUGAAGAACCAAAAGAUGAUAAAAGGGAUGAAAGAAUUGAACGUCCUAAAAUUGUUUGGUUUAAACCUACCGAUAAACGUGUUCCUUUGAUUGCCAUUCCAACCGAACAAGCACCAACAGAUUUUGUUGAGAGACAUCAAAGUUAUGCACAACAAUUAUUUGUUGCAUGUAUCAAACGUUGGCCGAUCACGUCUCUUCAUCCCUUUGGUACGCUGGUGACACAAAUUGGUGAAAUUGGUAAUAUAGAUGUUGAAACACAGGCUCUUAUCAGAGACAACAAUAUCUCAACUGAGGAAUUCAAUGAGAAUGUGUUAAAAUGUCUGCCACAAACACCAUGGACUAUUCCUGAAGAGGAGAUUGAGAUGCGCCGUGAUCUACGCUCAAUUCGUAUCUUUACAAUUGAUCCAUCGGGUGCCAAAGAUCUUGAUGAUGCCAUAUCAUGUACUCGAUUGCCUGAUGGAAAUUAUGAAAUUGGGGUCCAUAUUGCUGAUGCUAGUUAUUUUGUUAAACCAAAUUCUGUACUUGAUCGCGAAGCCCGUAAAAGGGCCACAUCUGUUUAUUUGGUUCAAAAAUAUAUUCCAAUGUUGCCUAAUUUAUUGUCUGAAGACUUGUGUAGUUUAGUUUCUGGUGUUGAUAGACUUGCAUUCUCUGUUUUUUGGACAAUCACUCCUGAAGGAAGAAGCUCAAAUACACAAUUUUCAAAAACUAUUAUCAGAUCUUGUGCAAAAUUAUCAUAUGAUGAUGUGCAAGAAAUAAUCGAUGGAAAACCAUUAAAUCCUAAUGUUAAUAUUCACAAUGGUUAUUCUGCAAGCGAAAUUGAAGCUGAUAUUAGAGCAUUCCAUGACCUUUCUCAAAAAAUGCGCGAAUUACGUCACAAACGUGGAGCAUUGUCAUUAAAUUCAGUCAAACUUACUUUUGAUAUAGAUGAAAAUGAAAAUCCAAUCGAAUGUCAUGUUUACAAAUAUAAAGAAGCCAAUUGUAUUGUUAAAGAAUUCAUGUUACUUGCUAAUAUAAGCGUGGCACAGAAAAUCUCUAGUUCAUUCCCAGAACAAGCAUUGUUAAGACGUCAUGCUGCUCCUAUUGAACGUAGACUUAAUGAUUUCCUUGAACAUGCAACUAGAUUUGGUUAUAAAAUUGAUAUUUCAUCUGCUUCAGCUUUGCAAAGAUCAUUUAAUACAGUUGAUAAUGAAGACGCAAGAAAGGUUUUGGAACUUCUUGCUAUUAAACCAUUACAAAGAGCCAAGUAUUUUUGUACUGGCACAUUAGAUAUUAUUAAAUAUCAACAUUAUGCACUGAAUGUUCCACUUUAUACACAUUUCACCUCACCUAUUCGUCGUUACGCUGAUGUUCUUGUUCAUAGAAUGCUUGAAGCUGCUUUAUCUGGUGAGAGGAAAUUUUAUAUUGAUAAAGAUAAUGUACAAAAAACAGCCAGUUAUUGUAAUGUUAAGAAAGAAGCAGCAAAGAAUGCACAAGAGCAAAGUAGUCACUUAUUUUUAUCUGUACUGCUUAAUAACUUGACAGUUCAAUCUGGACCAGUUAUUCGUGAAGCAAUAGUUGUAGGUGUGAAAGAACAUGCAUUUGAUGUUCUAGUGCCUUAUUUUGGUAUAGAAAAACGGGUGCAUUUGGAUCAAUUGCCUCUAGAAAAAUUCAUCUUCAAUAGUGAAAAGAUGGAGUUAACAUUGGUUUGGAAACAAGGCAUUAGCUCUUUAGAAGCAAUUUCUGAUGACUAUGUAUUUGUUGCUGAAGAGGAAGAAGAGGGCUUGGAGGUUGAUGAAGAGGCACUGCUUGCAGAUGAUAAUGAUGAUUAUCAUUAUGAAAUGAUGGAUGUGACCAGUCUUCCAAUUGAGGAUGAACAUCGACUAUUUGAUAAUAAUUCAGGUGAGGAUGAUGAUGGAUAUGAUGAAGAAACACAAAAAACUGAUGCUGUUACUAUAGAACAUACUAAUAUUACUACUAACAAUAUUACUGUUUCAUCACCUGGAGAAAAAGUUUCAUUGUCAACACCAACAUCAACAUCAGCUAAUAAAACCUCUUGCCCAGUCACUACUUCUUCUGCAACAGUUAUCAAACAACCAGAAGUGUCAAAAUUAUCUAUUGUUUCAGAUCCUACUAUUCCUAAUUCUCAAAUAAUCCGAGAACUUACUCAUCUUAAUGUUAUCAUUACUGCUGAUUGUAAAAAGAGUCCACCUGUCAUCAAAGUUUUAGCUGUCAAUCCUUUUGCUUAA